UUACCUGGGGAAGUCAGAACAAGUAAAAACAGAUUGAACUUCAGGGCUCUAUGAGGCAGUUGAUCAAGAUCAGUGCUUGCUCAUUCUCUCCCUCAGACUGUCUGUCUUGGGGUUUUGUUUUACUGUUUUGAGCAGCCCUUUCCGUUUUUCCUUCCUCUUUAGCUUUAAUAUCGGAGCCGGUUUCGGUCACCAUGGCUCUGGGAAGAGCUGCCUAUCUGCUCGGAGUUGACUUUUUACAGCUCGGCCGGCUUUGCUCCUGGGUAGCUUCAGCAGUGCUCUUGACUGGGAUUUAAUCGACACGAUCACUUCGGCUUUUUGUGCAAUUUUUAUGGCUCAGUCCAUUUUCUAGAUCAUGCACAGAAACUUUCGGAAGUGGAUUUUCUACGUGUUUCUAUGCUUUGGAGUCAUCUAUGUCAAAUUAGGAGCUUUGUCAUCCGUGGUGGCUUUAGGAGCUAAUAUAAUCUGCAACAAAAUCCCAGGCCUGGCCCCUCGGCAGCGAGCGAUCUGCCAGAGCCGCCCUGAUGCCAUCAUUGUGAUCGGGGAAGGGGCACAGAUGGGAAUCAAUGAGUGCCAGUACCAGUUUCGGUACGGGAGGUGGAACUGCUCGGCGCUGGGAGAGAAAACAGUCUUUGGACAAGAGCUUCGAGUAGGAAGCAGGGAAGCUGCGUUCACCUAUGCCAUUACUGCUGCCGGGGUUGCACACGCUGUCACGGCCGCCUGCAGCCAGGGCAACCUCAGCAAUUGUGGCUGUGACCGAGAGAAACAGGGCUACUACAACCAGGAGGAGGGCUGGAAGUGGGGAGGCUGCUCUGCGGAUAUCAGAUACGGCAUUGAGUUCUCCCGGAGGUUUGUUGAUGCCCGAGAAAUCAAAAAGAAUGCACGGAGGCUGAUGAACUUGCACAACAAUGAGGCUGGAAGAAAGGUUCUUGAAGAGAGAAUGAAAUUGGAGUGCAAGUGUCAUGGAGUUUCAGGUUCCUGCACAACUAAGACCUGCUGGACCACGCUUCCUAAAUUCAGAGAGAUUGGAUAUAUUUUGAAAGAGAAAUACAAUGCUGCAGUGCAAGUGGAGGUGGUACGAGCCAGUAGACUGAGGCAACCAACCUUCCUGAAGAUCAAGCAGAUUAAGAGCUACCAGAAACCCAUGGAAACUGAUUUAGUGUAUAUUGAAAAGUCACCCAACUACUGUGAGGAAGACGCUUCCACAGGCAGCGUCGGCACCCAGGGACGGCUCUGCAACCGCACGUCUCCCAACGCGGACGGGUGCGACAUGAUGUGCUGUGGAAGAGGGUACAACACACACCAGUACACCAAGGUGUGGCAAUGCAAUUGCAAAUUCCACUGGUGCUGCUUUGUGAAGUGCAACACGUGCAGUGAGCGGACAGAGGUGUUCACCUGCAAAUAACGGCGUCGCGC